AUGUCAUCUUGCCGCGUAUAUCAGAAUCCCAAUGUGGCACAUGGCACAGUGGCCAAUGGUGGCGCAAAUUUCUGUCAGCGCGACGAGGAAUCCCGCACUGACAGGUCGAACAGCCUGCUUUUCCUGAUCGAAUGGCUGGUCGACAGCGUCAUCAUGCCGCAGAUCCAGUAUUCUGAGAAAUAUUUUGACGACGUCUACGAGUACAGGCAUGUAGUUCUCCCUCCUGAUGUGGCGAAGUUACUUCCGAAAAACAGGCUGCUGUCCGAGGCUGAAUGGAGGAGCAUUGGCGUGCAGCAAUCUAGAGGAUGGGUUCACUACGCUAUUCAUCGGCCCGAGCCUCACAUCAUGCUUUUCCGUCGGCCACUGAACUACGGACAGCAGGUUCCGCCAGCGACGCAGCAACUUCAGCAGCAAGUAGGGGCAUAA